AUGGCGGCUGGUGGGACUGUUGCUGUGGCGCCCGAGUGCCGGCUUCUGCCCUAUGCGCUACACAAGUGGAGCUCCUUCUCCUCCACUUACCUUCCUGAGAACAUUUUAGUGGAUAAACCAAAUGACCAAUCUUCAAGGUGGUCUUCAGAGAGCAACUAUCCUCCUCAGUACUUGAUUCUGAAGCUUGAAAGGCCUGCUAUAGUCCAGAAUAUCACAUUUGGGAAAUAUGAGAAAACUCAUGUCUGCAAUUUGAAGAAAUUUAAAGUCUUUGGUGGAAUGAACGAAGAAAAUAUGACAGAGCUAUUGUCCAGUGGCUUAAAGAAUGAUUAUAAUAAAGAAACAUUUACUUUGAAGCAUAAAAUUGAUGAACAGAUGUUUCCUUGUCGAUUCAUUAAAAUAGUUCCACUAUUAUCCUGGGGACCCAGCUUUAAUUUUAGCAUCUGGUAUGUUGAGCUGAGUGGCAUUGAUGAUCCUGAUGUAGUACAACCCUGUCUCAACUGGUAUAGCAAGUAGUACCGUGAACAGGAAGCCAUUCGCCUUUGCCUAAAACACUUCCGACAACACAACUAUACAGAAGCCUUUGAAUCACUGCAAAAGAAAACCAAGAUUGCCCUGGAACAUCCCAUGUUAACAGAUCUUCAUGACAAACUGGUAUUGAAGGGUGAUUUUGAUGCUUGCGAAGAAUUGAUUGAAAAAGCUGUAAAUGAUGGCUUAUUCAAUCAGUAUAUCAGUCAGCAGGAAUAUAAGCCACGAUGGAGUCAAAUCAUUCCCAAAAGCACCAAAGGUGAUGGAGAAGAUAACCGACCAGGAAUGAGAGGGGGCCAUCAGAUGGUUAUUGAUGUUCAAACAGAGACUGUUUAUUUGUUUGGUGGCUGGGAUGGAACACAAGAUCUUGCCGACUUCUGGGCGUACAGUGUGAAGGAGAACCAAUGGACAUGUAUCUCUAGAGACACUGAGAAAGAGAAUGGUCCUAGUGCCAGAUCAUGUCAUAAAAUGUGCAUUGACAUUCAACGAAGACAGAUCUACACUUUGGGGCGGUAUUUGGAUUCUUCUGUGAGGAACAGCAAAUCCCUGAAAAGUGACUUCUAUCGUUAUGACAUUGACACAAACACAUGGCUGUUACUAAGUGAGGAUACUGCAGUGGAUGGAGGACCGAAAUUGGUGUUUGAUCAUCAGAAAAAUCGUUGUUUAUAUGUAUUUGGUGGCCAGCGAUCGAAGACCUAUUUGAAUGACUUCUUCAGUUAUGAUGUGGACCCUGAUCAUGUAGACAUAAUAUCAGAUGGCACCAAGAAAGACUCUGGGAUGGUUCCAAUGACUGGAUUCACACAGAGAGCAACCAUUGAUCCAGAACUGAAUGAAAUACAUGUUUUAUCUGGACUCAGCAAAGACAAGGAAAAGAGGGAAGAAAAUGUCAGAAAUUCAUUCUGGAUUUAUGACAUUGUGAGGAAUAGUUGGUCUUGUGUCUAUAAGAAUGAUCAGGCUGCAAAGGAUAAUCCAAGUAAAAGUCUCCAGGAGGAAGAACCAUGUCCAAGAUUUGCCCAUCAGCUUGUAUACGAUGAGUUACACAAGGUUCAUUAUUUAUUUGGUGGGAAUCCAGGAAAAUCCUGCUCUCCAAAGAUGAGAUUAGAUGACUUCUGGUCACUGAAGUUAUGUAGACCUUCAAAAGAUUACUUACUGAGGCAUUGCAAAUACCUCAUAAGAAAACACAGGUUUGAGGAAAAGGCCCAAAUGGAUCCCCUUAGUGCUCUGAAAUACUUACAAAAUGAUCUUUAUAUAACUGUGGAUCAUUCAGACCCAGAAGAAACAAAAGAGUUUCAGCUCCUAGCUUCAGCUCUGUUUAAAUCAGGUUCAGAUUUUACAGCUCUAGGCUUUUCAGAUGUGGAUCACACCUAUGCUCAAAGAACUCAGCUCUUUGACACCUUAGUAAAUUUCUUUCCUGACAGCAUGACCCCUCCUAAAGGCAACCUGGUAGACCUCAUCACACUGUAACUGAAGAGUCACUGGACACAGAAAUGGAGAACAUGAGUCUGCUUUCAGUAUUUUGGAUUUCAACUUUAUUGACUGAAAAUUAGGUUGCAGUGAUUGAGGACUGCACCAGAAUUUUGAAGGGAUCUUUAUCAUCAGAAGUUAUAACCCUCUUCCUUCACACCUGACCUCAACCCCAUUCUCUU